UUGUUAGAGCAUAAAAAUGAAGGAGUUGUGGUCGUGCUCUUUUUCCUCUUACGAGCGUGUUGAGCAAGAUUGUGUUUCCUUGUUUUGUUUUAUUUGUUUGUGUUGCAUUAUUACCUGUGAUCUGAGGUAAUGGAGGUUGUUACUGAAGGUGGAGAUGAUUUAGCAGAAGACGAGCCAAUGGCAGCCGCUGGCGAAGAAGAGGAUGGGUUGCCGCCCCCCACAAUGGAGGCCGAGGAGUGCCCGCCACCCUCCCCUGAGGUAGUGGCUGAUGUGCCUGAUAUCGCCCCCUUGGAAACACCCCAGGUGGAGGAGCAGGCCACCACCCAGCCAGUGCCAGAGGAAGAGUUUUCUUGGGAUGACUACCUGGAGGAGACCAACACUGAAGCUGUACCUCCCCACGCCUUCCAGCACGUUGAGAGGAGCCUGGAGCCCGGAGUGUUGGCGGAUCAGCUGUUGGAGGUGGUGGAGCCCAGCCAAGAGCCCCCUGGCUACUGGCUGGCCCAAGUUGUCACCACCUGUGGACCUCUGCUGAGACUGCGUUACAUCACCCAAAGCGACAUCAGCGUGGAGUGCUGGCGGGAGGUUGCCCAUGGAGGGCUACACCCCGUGGGCUGGUGCAGCACCCACUCCAUCCCCCUCAGGGUACCUCCAGAACUCACGUCUUACCUGGAGCAGGAGGAGGCCAAGAAGGAGGCAAUAAAAACAGUGGAGGAGGCUCAGGGGACCGGAGUGUCUGUUACUGAGGAAGCUCUUGAUGUGGAUGGGUACACAGCUGUCGACCGAAUCAAGUGUGGCAUGAAAGUGGAGGUGCUGUGGGAGGGUGAUCCACUAAGCGGGUGGGUAGCAACUGUGACAGAUAAUGUGGGUGGACGCCUCUUGCUGCGCUACGACACACCCGACUGCUCCGGCCAAACCUUCUGGCUCUUCUACCAACACUCGCGGCUCCGUCCCCCAGACUGGCUCCACCUCCAAGACUUCCCUCACAGGUACAGCAACCCUGCCUCAAGCCUGGCCUAUGAGGAUGCUGAGUGGGCUGCCUUCCUUGAGCUGAGCAGGGACGGGGCCAGACACUCCUCCGUGCCUGGCUCCCUCCUGACACACACCAGCCUCCCCAAACCUCACAACUUGGUCGAGGGAAUCUGCCUGGAAGCUGUUCACCCCUUCAGGCCAUUUACCAUUCAUGCCUGCAGAGUGUCUGAGGUUAUUGACACACACUACUUCAAGGUCUCCCUGGAAUCAAAGUUGGAGGAGUUUUCAUGGACCACUCACAUAGAUGACCCUCUGCUGCUGCCUUGUGGAUACUGUAAGGAGUUUGGCUUCACGCUUGAGCCUCCGAGGGACUGGCAAGGGGAGGAGGAGUUUGAGUGGAGUGUGUACCUUGGAGACUCGGCUACAUCACUCCUCACAACACCAGAGAUGUUCCCAAAGCACGAGGACGCAGAGGAGUUAGGGUUUUGUGAAGGCCAUAGGUUAGAGGCGGUGAGUGUGGCAGACCAGAGCUUGAUAUGUGUGGCCACGGUGAAGCAAGUAGGUGGACACUUGGUGGUGGUUCAGCUGGACUCCGAGAGGGACCCCACGCCAAUCAUCCACUCAGCCGACAGCCAGGACCUCUUCCCUGCAGGCUGGUGUCAGGCUAACAACUACACCCUACAGCUGCCAGCAGAGUACAUUCCCCGACCAGUGCAGAUUCAACCUCCUCAAUCGGAACCAAGUCAAGGCAGUGAUACCAGUGAUACCGCAGCCACAGCAUCAGCCAAGUCCCUGUGGUGCCCUCGCCUGUAUGUCAACCACUGGUGCUUCACGGGGCCUUACCUCAGCAAAUCCAAAGUGGCCAAGCAGUCCCAGAGCGUUGGUCCCGGGUCGGUGGAGUUGGUGCUGCGUGAGGUGCUGUCCAUGACCAUCAACGCUGCCUACAUCCCCACGCGUGUCCUGAGGGAGCUGGAGAGGCACGGACCUGACCCCACCACUGUAUGCUCCUCCUGGCUCUCCACGCCCUUCAAGGCAAAGUUCAAGAGAUAUAACUACACGGCCAACAUUCCCAUCGCCACAAGAGCAAGUGACGUUAGUGAAUUCCUGUACUCGAUCUGCCAGACCCUCCAGUGCUGCUCCAACUUGUGGUCUGCAGUGCCAACAGGGGAAAACUGUCCCCUCCUCUGUACCUCUCAGAUGACCCUGCAAGGGGGCCAGUCAUCAGGCAUGAGGGGCCGGGGCAGGGUGGCUGUCAACAGGAGCAUAAGGGGCUGUCCGGGGGCCACGAGGAUCAUCCACCGCCGCAAGAGAGGUGGACGCAAGCGACUCUUCGUUCCCGUCAGAGCCAAUCGCCUCCUCCCGUCAAAAACCCUUGCACCUGCUUCAGAAGAGGUGAUGGAGGAGGCUGAAGAGGAGGAGGAGGCAGAGAUCGAGGAGGUUGAGGAGUACGAUGUCGGUAGCGGCUCUGACGGAGACACGAGUUCCCGCAGCUCCCGCCCCACCAGUCCCCUACUUGAGGCGGGGCAGAUGGCACGGCGGCAGCGUAGGGCCUUCCCCUGCGUGGACAUGCAGGGCAAGGGGAUCAGGUUUGCCCAGAUGAAGGCGCGGCAGAAGAGGAAGUUUGAGGGGCAGGAUGGAGCCUCAGGUAACCUUGGCUACAGGGAGGAUGGCACAGAACGCAGGGAGCCGAUGAAGCGAGGGAGGAAGAGUGAGUUUCCAGACACCAGCUCCGGACUAGAGCCAGCCAGCGUAAGGUCCGACCCCCUGGAGUGGACAGUGCAUGAUGUGGAGCAGUACGUUGCCGGCCAGCCUGCCAUCUGCCACCACGCCGUCAAGCUCCGCCAGCAGGAGGUCGAUGGUCGGGCCUUCCUCCUCUUGAACCUGCCGACCCUAGUGCAGCACCUCGGCCUCCCCCACAGCUCGGCCGUCGCCCUUGCCCAGCACAUCUGUCGUGUCAAGCUGGCACACUUCCUCUUUUACAGGCCGGAGCCAUGACCCGCGGCAUCUCAUGAGGCUGCUGUUGUUCCUCUCAGCGGCCCAUGAGAUGAAGAUGAUCAGGGUGUGUGUGCUUGUUCAUACUCGCCUUUACAAUUGAUUCUCUUCAGGUAUUGUGGCAAAUUGCAGAGCCUAAUGCCACUCCAUACUCAGUAACAACAAAGGAAACUCCCAUCCAAGACCAAGACCAUGAAUAUAACUAGUCUGGAAAGUUUUUUGAAGGUAUAAGACUGAACUCGUUAAAAUAAAUAAUGCAUUCAUCUUUAUUUUAACUAUUUUGCUUUUAUACCUCAGUUGAAUUUUUCCAACAUGUUUUUCCUGAUAUGAGUACUUAUUGUAAAGGUGUGUAAAAGCUGAGCAUUCCUAACACAUGUUAUGGUUGCUAGUCAUGGUGUUCCCUCUUAUCCUCUCCCAUUUAUUUUCUCCAGUUUCGCCACUGUUGCCUAUUUCAUCUUUUCUGUGUUCUAUACAUAAAUAUUUUAACAUGGACAUUUAUUGCCGUACUUUCUAUUCCAUUAAAUAUAUUUAUUACAUGCCCUACCCCUCCUGCUUCUAUGUUUUAAGUGCAAUUUUAAUAUGAACUUAAACUUAAUUUUACUAUAUCACAGAUGCCCUGUCGCCUUGUUCCCUCGCAUUCAAUUUUCCUUGUUCCGGCACUCCCUCUCAGCACAGUCAGCCCCUCACCUCUUAACUCUCUCCCUUUUCAAUACUCAUCCACUCUUUGGUUGCCUCUACUGGUCUACUACUAGUGUCUCUUCUCCCCCUACUUGUUACCUACCACUGAUACUCUCUCCCUCAAUUUUGCCUUCAUUUAAGAACAAGAGCAUAAGGAGUCUGCAAGAGGCUGGUAUCCUUUCCUCUGUGUAAUAUCCCAUGUUUUAAAUCAUAGCUAAAUGUCAUUUUAUACUAAAGGUUGAUAGAUCUGAAUGUCACAACAAAAUGUACCUGGGGAAAUUCAUUCAGCUUCAUCACUAAUAUAAUCAAGAAUAUAUUAAGCCUCAUAAUAAUCAUUGUUACUAUUAUCACAUUCACCACCACCCUCAUCCUCCCUUCAUACUAUAUUCAUCAGUUUUAUUGUAUAUAGGAAGGGCAUUGAAUCUGUAGUGCGGCGACGGCCUGAUGAACGAGCCUCCCAUAACCCACUUAGCCAGUGGGGGUACCUCUUUGGCCGACUCGGUAAGGAGUGGCCCUCCCGUCACGCUGGUCGCGGGUUCAAUCCCAGGCAGCCGGGGAAUACCCUCUCCUUGUCUUGAUUAAUUUCUCGUGUGUUUCGAUACACGCAGAGGCCGUGUUGGGAAAUAGAAAAAGAGAAAAUAAAAGCCCGGGGCAUUACAAAUCUUUAUUAUGGAUUGAGGUAUUUGAUGUUAUUGAGAAUAUUCAUCAUCAUCAUACACAUCUACAGCAUAAGGGGUGACUAUCUUAUUUUUUUCAAUGUUAAUAUUGAUGAUUAUGUAGUGUUGUGGCUUUUAUACUUUUUUAUCAUGUUAAUCCUCAAGAGUUGAUGGUAGUAUUUGUAUGUCUGUGUAUUUAUCAACAGUCACAUAAGAAUUAAAGAACAAUCACUA